AUGACAAUCACUAAGGAACGGGUUCAAGAGGUCUUGAACAAAACUGCUCUCCGUUCUCGGGGCCCAGGAGGUGCUAUCGCUGUUGUCAAAGAUGGCGAGGUCAUCGGCCAGCGUGUCUGGGGAUUCGCCGACCUAGACCAGCGGAUUCCCAUGACAGCUCAAACGCAAAUACCCAUCUGUUCAAUUACUAAACAGUUUGUGUGUGCGUUAUUGAUUGACCUAGAGCGCAAUCCAACUCCGACAUUAGCUGCAAAGGGUGAUGUCCGCAAGCAGCUCUCGGAUCAUCUCACCGAAAUACUAAGCCCGGAGCUCACUCGUGACGGUGAACUGACACUUGAUCGGCUAUGCGACAUGCAAUCUGGUAUGCGCGACUACUGGGCUAUGACCACACUGUGGGGGUCCAAGCCCGACGACGAGUUCCUGAUAGCCAGAGACUGCGGUCCGCUGCUUGCCCGAACCAAGUCAUUCCAGUUCCAACCGGGAACGGAAUUUUCCUACUGCAAUGUCAACUUCCACAUACUCGCCCGAGUGAUUGAGCGAGCUACUGGGGAGUCUCUUAACAAAUUGCUCGAAGAGCGAAUACUCCGACCGGCUGGUAUGAGCACGGCAUUCCUUUGCCCCAACACCGCACAUCACCCACCCCCGUGUGUCGGGUAUGAGGGCGACGAGCAGCACGGUUUCACAGCGGCUAUCAAUAGGAUGGAAUGGUCUGGUGAUGCUGGACUAGUAGCUUCACUCACUGAUAUGAUUGCGUACGAGAAGUAUCUCGAUCGCUGCUACGCUGAUCCACAAAGCUGGUACCACACCGCUAUUGCUGCUCCGAAGUUCAAAGAUGGUACUCCUGCAAGGUACCGUUAUGGCCUACGUCACACUGACAUUGGGGGUGUGAACACGAUUGGACAUGGUGGGGCGUUGCGAGGGUAUCGACUGCACCGGCGACACGCACCAAGCGAGCGCUUCUCCGUCGUCGUUAUGUUUAACAGUGAACCCGGCGCAUUCAGCCCCAUUGACAUCUUCCGAGAGCUCUUGGAACUACCGAAGCCCGUGACAGCAUCCGUCCAGCCGGCCGCGGAUUGGGUCGGCGCGUUUCUUGAUCAAGAUACUCAGCUGUCGAUUGUCAUCACCAAGGGCGCACGGGAUGGAGAGGUGGCCAUCAGCUACGAUGGGUCUGCCGACCCUAUCAAGCUUAGUACACCGAAUCAUGGGAAGUCUGACUCUAUGGUCGCGACGAUUGAUGGAGAUUUGUUGAGUAUUCAUCGCGUGGGAGAUAACCGGAUACUCAGUGCUCGGCGUAUUGUCCCGAAGGAAUCAGUCCUUAAAGGGACUUCAUUCCAGGGUAUCUACCACUGUGCCGAGGUUGAGUCUACCUUCCAUUGUAUUGGCGAGGACGGCGUGCUAUACGGUGCGUUUGAUGGAUAUCUGGGUCAAGGAAAUGCAACUCCCAUGAAAUAUUUGGGAGAUGAUGUCUGGAUUUUGACUUGUCCACGUGGUUUGGAUGCACCAGCUCCGGGAGACUGGACCAUUGCCUUCUCUCGGGAUGAGCAUGAUGCAAUCCAAGGGUUUACGAUUGGUUGUUGGUUGGCCAGGAAGGUUGACUUUGUGAAGAAAGCCUGA